CUUUCUCAUAAACUGGACAGAGCUCUUGCAAAAAUGAAAAACGAAAGUCGUAGCAACCACUACCAUCAUCCAUCAUCAUCAUUGAAUCCAAAAUCUCCCACAAGCCAGGAGCAGCACCAGCAUGGUCUAAUUUCAUUGAAUGCUAUUAUCAUCAUUGUCAUCUUCAUCAUCUCCCUUUUUAUAAUCUUCUCUAUUCUCCUCAUAAUCCUCUUACUCUAUCGACUUAAAUCCGUAAGAGACAAAGCACAUCACUUAGCUUGCAAAGAAAGCUGCAGCAUCAUCAACAACGGUGGACCUUCCACUAGCUACAGCUACACUUCUAGCCCUGAUGGCAUCAAGAGCGAUUGUCUAUACUCAAGAAACCCGACAUCGUUCAGACAAUUACCCCCACAUACAAAGAGUUGCAGGAAAAGCCGAGCAGAAGGAGUAGAAGUUUAUGCAUACAAAGAAUUAGAGAUUGCAACUAACAAUUUUAGCGAAGGGAAAAAAAUUGGAAGCGGCGGAUAUGGAGAUGUGUACAAAGGAGUUUUGAGUGAUGGAAGUGUUGCGGCCAUUAAAAAGCUUCAUAUGAUUGAUAAUGGUAGUAACCAAAAGCAUGAAGAGCGCUCCUUUAGGCUUGAGGUUGAUCUUCUUAGUCGAUUACAAUGCCCAUAUUUGGUGGAUUUAAUUGGAUACUGUGCUGAUCAAAACCAUAGGAUCCUGAUAUUUGAAUAUAUGCCCAAUGGUACACUCGAGCAUCAUCUCCACGAUCAUAGUUGCAAGAAUUUAAAGGAUCAAUCUCAACCAUUGGAUUGGGGAACCCGGCUUAGGAUCGCCCUUGAUUGCGCCCGAGCCCUCGAGUUUCUCCACGAAAAUACAGUCACUAGUGUGAUACACCGGAAUUUCAAAUGUACCAACAUUUUAUUGGAUCAAGAUAACCGAGCUAAAGUUUCAGAUUUCGGAUUGGCAAAGACUGGUUCUGAUAAACUAAACGGUCAGAUUUCAACUAGGGUGCUUGGGACCACAGGAUAUCUUGCCCCGGAGUACGCUUCUACCGGAAAGCUUACCACAAAAUCAGAUGUUUACAGUUAUGGAAUAGUGCUAUUACAACUCUUAACGGGUCGUACACCGAUAGAUUCCAGGCGUCCGCCAGGACAAGAUGUCCUUAUUUCUUGGGCUCUUCCAAGGCUAACCAACAGAGAGAAAGUUAGUGAAAUGGUCGAUCCAACCAUUCAAGGCCAAUACUCACAGAAAGAUCUUAUACAGGUAGCAGCCAUAGCAGCAAUGUGUGUGCAACCAGAAGCUGAUUACAGACCGUUGAUGACAGAUGUUGUUCAGUCUCUUAUUCCUCUUGUUAAAACAUACAACCAAAGUUCUGUUUCUUCUCGGGUUCACAGCCGUAGAGAAAGCUUGUCCUAUGAUGAUAUUAUGCCAUGACGCUGUUUAUAUUUAUGGUUUAACACUCUUUGUUAAAUUGAAAUUCAUGUUGCUAUUGUAUAUGUGUAUGGAUAAACGAAUCAAUUUGUAUUAUUAAAAUU